UUCAAAACGGGUAGAAAUAGUCAAGCAAAAGUAUUUUGAAAAUGAGCGUAGAUGGUCUUUAGUCUAAAUUCACUUUAUUAGUUCUGCCAAUAUAAGUUAAAGUUAUAUACAAAUUCGUUUUUGUUUAUUAAUUUUGAUCAAUUUUAAAGAGCAAACAUGGCAAGCACAUCAACGUCAAAGCCUCAGAAAAUACCUAAAGUUGCAAAGGUUAAAAACAAGACACCAGCAGAAAUACAAAUAACUGCCGAACAACUAUUGAGGGAAGCAAAAGAGAGAGACUUGGAAAUUUUGCCACCACCUCCUAAGCAAAAGAUAUCUGAUCCUGAAGAGCUUGCUGAAUAUCAACUUAGAAAACGAAAG